AGAGCUCGCGUGUGAUGUGUUUGUGUAUCCUCAGUGUUUUUCUCUCUUGAGUGUUUUAUUGAGUGUAAACAGAGUCUUGUCUCUGUGUAUUUUAGUGUUGAUGAUGAGAUGGAUGUGAUGUGCUGUAAAUCAGGAACUGAUCAGGGCUUACAGGAUGAGGAAUCUACUGAUCAAACCUCCACAGAGUCUCUGGAUUCUGUCUGGAACGCUGGAGAACAGCAGCAGAUCCUGCAGACCAAACUCAAGAUGUCUUCAGUCAAACCCAUCGACUGCAGAAACCUCAUGAUGAAGAUCAAAACUGAACCUGAACCUACAGAAGUAAAAACUGAACUGACAAAAGUUAAAACUGAACAUAAAGAAGUAAAAACUGAACAUACAGAAGUAAAAACUGAACCUAUAGCAGAUGAAUAUGAAGACAAACAUAACGAUGCUCAUGAUUGUAUUCUGUCAGAUAAGAAUAGUGAUUCAAGUUUUGAUGGAGAAAUAAUGUCCACAACAUCUAAAGAGCGAUGGACAGCACAAACUCUUUCCUGCAUCACAGGUGAAGAGACAUUGAGCUCCCAGAGACAUUUAGAGAGAAAACAUACAGAACAGAAACUCUUCACCUGCAGGAGUUGUAAAAUCAGCUUUACUACCUUACAAGAGAAGAAACUUCAUUCAGAAGAGUACAAAGAAAAGAAGUGCUUUCACUGUCAGCAGGGUUUAAAGGAUUUUUCUACCACAACAACAACAACUAAAAUAAACGUCGACAUGAGGAAACACAGUCAUGAAAAGCCUUUCCACUGCACUGAAUGUGGCAAACACUUCACCACCAAACAUAAUCUUAAUAUUCAUCAGAGAAUUCACAAAGGAGAAAAACCACAUGAGUGUCCUCACUGUGAGAUGAGAUUCAGACACAAACCUCAUCUGAAGGCACAUGUGAUUUUACACACCAAAGAGAGGCCGUAUCAGUGCAGUGAAUGUGGAAAAACAUUUAGGCAAGCAAGUACAUUAAAAUCACACCAGAAUAUUCACACUCAAGAGAAACGCUAUCAAUGUUCACACUGUGAUAAAAGUUUCGGUCAGAAAUCUCAGCUGAUAGUCCAUCAGAGAUCUUACACUGGAAAGAAACCUUACGUCUGUAGUGUUUGUGCCAAGAGUUUCAGUGAACGUUCCACUUUAUUGACACACCAAAGAACUCAUACAGGUGAAAAACCUUACAAAUGCUCUAAGUGUGAAAAGAUGUUUACUCAUUUAGGUAACUUAAAUUCCCAUCAGAGAGUUCAUACUGGAGAAAAACCUUACGUCUGCUAUCAGUGUGGUAAGAGCUUCUUUGAUCAAGCUUCUUUGAACUGUCAUCAGAGAACUCAUACAGGUGAAAAACCUUACAAAUGCUCUCAUUGUGAGAAGACGUUUGCUCAGUCAGGUCACUUAAAAGCCCAUCAGAGACUUCAUACUGGAGAGAAACCUUACGUCUGCUCGAUCUGUGGAGAGAGAUUCACUAAUGCAGGACCUUUCAAGACUCAUCAGAAGAAACACACUGAAGAACAAACUGAUGUUUGAAAAAGACUUUGUCUCCUUUUUCACCCCUGAUUGCACCCCUGUGAACAAAACCACAAGCUAUAUACAUACGGACAUACAGUGAUGGACCACAAAAAGAAAAUGGAUCCUCCAGAGGACUAUCUGCUCCUCCACCUUAAGCAAAUAUGAUGCUGAGUUUAUGGGGACGAUGCCAUACUAAAUGCAGGCUUUCGGAUAGGGCUGGAUGAUCAUUAAAGGUCAAGUUUUUUCUGCUCCCAUUUUUUUAAACCCUAGUUAGUGUGUAAUGUUGCGAACGGCCGGUUUUGUCUACAGCCCUCUACUUCCCGCUUUAAUGACGUUACUAGAACAGUUUUUUGACUAAACCCUGCCCACAGGAAUACAUCAUUCGCCAGUUACACUUCGCAGUGCGAGGGAUUAUAGGCGUGUCGUUAUAUUUGCGCUGCCUACUGCUGUGACAUCAUACAAGUGAGAGUGUCGUUGUACAUUCCCUUACAUUUAUUUAUUUCUCAGUCUGCCACAAAAUUAAAAUUGGCCACCACAAAUAGAUGCUUGCACAUCGCGUUUAUCACUACCUCUGUUUUUGGGAACUUAUAGCAGAGCACAGAUGACAACAUGUUUGCUCGAGACGGCACAAGCUAGCACGAAGGUAAAGCUAAUCUUUUAUAUUAUAGUGAUGAUGACGCUAGUAGGGACUGCUCUCAGACCAAUCAGUGUUCUGCAGUGUUUUCGCGGCAUGUUUUGGUAUCAGCUCAGGUCGCUUGGAACCCCAACUGAAGUGGUACUAUAAAAAGUAUCGGGUACUACGUACUGCACUCAGUUGAAAAGCUCCCAAAAGUAAGCAGACCUAAUCCACACAGGGGGGGGACUUUGCAAUGGAAAAGCCCCAUAAGUAAACACUUGUACCUCUGUGAUUUUCGCACGUAACAGAGUUUUUCUCUUUUUGGCAUUUCUUUUUUCAGAAGAGAGGUAUUUUUUUACUAACAGCUGCUUUACUUUGGUUAAGGAGGGAUAAGAACCCAGCUAACAGAGAAAAGUUCUAAGAACGUUUCCUUGAAAGUUCCCAACGUUCCCAAAAAUGUUCUGGCAACAUGAAAAGUGUCCAGUUUUUUAAGCUUUCUAAGAACAUUUCUGGGUUGUCUGAACAUUAGAGGAAUGUUACAUUCUACAAUUUUCGAAUGUUGAGACGACGUCAUGUUUUAAUGUUCACACAUUUAAAACAACUGUUUUCUAGAUUUAUAUUUUUUCUUAUGUAAAUGAUAACGAAAUAUUAAAUUUUAUUAUUUUAAAACCGUUAUAAAUGUUCUCUAAAAAUAUUGUUGUAUAAAACACAAUUGACUUAAUAUUUUCAGAUGUUGAUGUUUUCAUUUAAAGUCACCAUUAUGGUGAUCAGUCUUUGUUUUAGGACUGGACUUUUGACCUGUGUAAUUUUACUUGCUAGUUUUUCCCCAGUUGCAUUAACUUUGUGUGUAUGAAACACAUUUGUUGUGUUAAUGUAAAGUAAAUGAUCAUCAUCUAAUAAAUUGAUUCAGUCACUCAUCACAAGUUUCUUUUUUGGCAAAAUAAGAUCCAGCACUUACAGCAGUUUGUCAUCUAUAUUAGUUAACUACAUUAGUUAACAUGAACUAAUAAUGAACUGCACGUAUACAGCAUUUAUUAAUCUUUGUUAAUGUUAAUUUCAACAAUUACUAAUACUUUAUUACAAUCUUGUUAACUUUAGUUAAAGCACUGUGAACUAACAUAAACAAACAAUUAAAAGCUUUAUUUCAAAGAUUAAUAAAUACUACAACAAAUGUAUUGCUCAUGGUUUGUUCAUGUAAGGUAAUACAUUAACUAAUGAACCUUAUUGUAAAGUGUUACCAAAUCCUUAAUAACAAACUGCUGUGAGAAUUGACAGAAAAUAAACUUUUGAUGAGUGAGAAAUCAAUUAAUUUGAUGAUGAUCUUUACCAUUAUGUACCAACCACCACAGAAUUUCACUAUUAACUUUACAUUACCAUAACAAAUGUGUUUUAUAAACAUAACGUUAAUGCAUCCAGGGAAAAACUAGCAAGCUAAAAGUCAAGGGGCAAAAUAAGACAAAGCCUGAUCACUUUAAAUGACUUUAAAUGAAACAAAACAUAAUCUAGUCUAAUAACAUAGUCUAAUAAGUCAAUUGUGGUUUCUACAGCAACAUUUUUACCAAACAUUUAGAAAUAAUGUUUUAUAAGUGUUUAAAAUAAUAAAAUGCAACGUUUUGCCAUCAUUUACAUAACAAGCAACAACAGUUUUUUACUAUAUACACCAAGUAUUAUAUACUAGGGCAAUAUGAGCAAAAAAAUCAUAUUCUUUUUUUAUUUAGGAAUGACAGUAUCUGAUAUAUAUAGCCGAAAUAUUACUGCCCAUACUGGUGAAAUUAUUAAAUCUAUAAAAUUUAGGGCUGGGACAAUUAAUCGUGCAAAUGCGCAUUUUCUCAAUGAAUGAAUUUAAAUGAAUUACGUUGAAAUGCCGCCACAUCCAAAAGCCAGGAGGCGCAGAAACUCUAUUUGUGCCACAGAAGUAGUAACAUUACAAACACUAUUCAAAUGUCUAGAAGCAUAUUAAUAUUGCUGUUCUUUAAAUAGUUUCAGGUAUUUUCAUGAUAAUAAACAAUAUUUUGAAUGAC